AUGAAUCUCAACGAGGCACUCACUCCGGAAAGUCAAGCCCAGAACGAGUGUGGAGACAUUUUGCAAUCAGAUUCUAUGCUACCAGAUACUCAGCUUGGAUCUUCUGCUCAGUUUCAGCAGAUUGCUGGAGCCACUAAAUGUUAUGGAACAUCAGGCAAGAAGAACAUCUUCUCCUCCGACUCACAGCUGCCAGACAUCCAAUGCCAAGAUGCAGCUCAAUACGAAACUAUGGGCAUCGAUCAGUACGCUAAUGCCAAAUAUCCAUUGACUUCGGAUUUUUCACCUCAUGAUAUCCAGCACACAGGUUUGGGCUUCCGGACGGAUAGACGCAUUUUAAGAAUGAACACAAGCGCAGUGACUUCUCACAACCUGGCUAGGACGACAUACUUUCUCAAGGCACAUUUUCAAGCUUCAAAGUCAUUGACCGUUAGUCACAAGGACGAUGGGGACUCAGUCUCGCAUAGAUUCUCCGCAACCGCAAAAUUCAGGGAGGAUGAUGGGCUGGCAGCUACUCAAGCCGUCUCAUCAAAUCAGUCGAACAAAGCGAAUCAUGGCGUGUGCAGUGAUAUCUAUUUACCAUCUGCACCGUCUACACUAUCUACCCCACCUAGCAUAUAUGUUUAUGACGAACCUCCUUCCACAGAAGUGUCACUGGAGGUUGGGGGCAAUGUUAAAAAGACAUAUGAUCUUCCAUAUACCGCCACGGAAACUCUUACUCCAAGUUCAAACACCAUAAAAGAAGGCGACAACCCUUCCCCAAUCAAAUCACUUCAAGUCUCACAAGAUAAUCUCAACUCAGGGAACCUCCCAAAGGCAUCAGAUUCACAGCCGACUAGCAAUGUGGCCAGCAAUUUAUUAUCGGCUUGCCAGUCAUCUGUUAGCACAUCAGCCGGCAGCAAAAUUCCAUUCAAUAAGAUAUCCUGCAAGGAACGCAAGCGCAUCAUCAUUUCGCCCAACCGCCCUCCAAAUGUUACCAAAGCAAUGAUUGAAUGGGUUCGAAAGACAAACUGGCUUCUCGAUCCUUUCCGAGAGAAUGAUGAUUGCUGGUUGCAUCCAUCGCCACCAGCAGCGCUUCUUAGCGUUUCCGGAGUUUGCCGACCUGUUGGGACGCUUCAGAAAUGCUUCACUUGGAAAGACACAGAAGGAAAACACUCCAUUGUCCUCAACUAUGGCAUUGUCGUGAAGCUCAUCAACUACCAGAUGACAAAGCAGCAGCAAGAUGGCUUUGUCAACAAGCAAUGGCAUUUGUCACACCUUUGUGGAAACUGGACUUGCUUGAACCCAGCUCACACCACAGUGGAGCCUGGACGCAUCAAUAUUGGCCGCAAUAAAUGCUUCUCACAUCGCUCUUGA